GAUUUAAUAGAUGAACACAAGCAAACCACUCUGCCACAGGAUAUAGCAGUUUCCAAUUGCUUGGCCUCUGAGGAUCUUGCCGAAGAAGAGAGGAAAACAGACAACACUAACACAGCAACUAGGACAGAUAAUAACAUCAUGAGCUUCUUCAAAACACUGGUUUCACCAAGCAAAGCUGAUUCCAAGUGUGAUACUGAGGAUAAAGCAAAAAAAGAUGCUCCACAGACAGCAAAUACCAAGCCAACCGAACAGCCUGUCCCUGUUGUCCCUGUUACAAAACCGGAAACAAAUGUGCCUCCAGCUCAGGAAAGUCCAGCAAUGAAGCCAAUUGUGAAACCUCCAGAAGCUCCAGUACCACCACCACCCCCAGCAGUUGUGGUUGUCACCAAUGAAGCUCCCAAGGAGAUGACCAAGGAAAGAUCUUCUUCUACACCCACACCCCUAAGUAAAUUCUUUUGGAAAAAGACUCCCACAGAUGACAUAGAGGUGAUAAACACUGAGAGAAUUGAAGCAUCUCCGGAAAUCCCAGUGAAAGAUGAAAGAAGGAGCCAGGAAGUUGCAGAAACCAAGUCUAAAGCAGAGGAGAGAUCUACCAAAACUAAUUUCAGAAAAUUCUUUAAACUGUCAGUCAGGAGUGACACAGAGGUAACUCCUUCUGAAAUAAAUGAGCCGGCACCUGAUUACCAA